UAUACUAGCAAGCGAAUUAUUCCUUCAAGGUUACGAAUCUCUGAGAACGAGCAUAUUUGACGGGGACUUGGGUUUGGAAUUUAGGACGAAUUUUAUUAUAUUUGGUAUUGGGAUUUGGGACAACUUUGGGCGGCGAACGAGCCGCCUAAACUAUUCAGAAUAUCAAGCCUUAAUUAUCGGUUUGAUAUUCUUAAUUUUAGAAAAAUUGCUAAGAGUGGUUACAUUUUUUUUACCAAGUGCUAUCGUAAAAUGUCUGCAAACUGAAAGUCAAAGGGGUUAUCCGGUUGAAGAACAUAUUGUUAGAACUCAAGACAAUUAUAUUUUGGGAAUUCAACGUAUUCCUCACGGAAGAAUCAUUCCUGAUGAUGACGAACCUAUUCAUAUACUUAACACAUCUCUUAAUGGUAACGAUAAUGAAACCCAGCAACAACACGAAUCUAUAGAAUCUUUAUUCAGAAGAUGCGGUAUUUCGUUAAAUACGAUUCGGCAUACUAACAGAGAUAAUGAUGAAUUAUUUCAUAGUGAUGAUAGUCUAGAUAAAAAUUCUAAUAGUGAUGGACUAUCACACAUGAUUAAUACUCAAAAAUCUACUGAUAAUUUGUCAAAACGACAUGCUUCUUCGAUUUAUUCUUCUAAAUCUAUGAAUAGUAGAGGAACAAACAGCGAACUAAACGAAAGACGUGAAUAUUAUGCUGUUUACUGGCUGACGCUGGGAAACAAAUAUUCGAUGAAACACAUAAAAUGUGAUCCAAACGGACGUAAAUUCUGGGAUUAUUCAAUGGAUGAAUUGGCUCUUUAUGAUUUGCCAGACACUAUUAAUUAUAUAUUAGAAACAACAGGUGCUCCAUCUUUGUCAUAUAUUGGAUUUUCUCAAGGAACCGCACAAUGUUUUGCAGCAUUAUCGAUAAAUCCAAAGAUCAACAAUAAGAUUAAUUUAUUUAUUGCUCUGUCUCCAGCAACCAGCCCUAAAGGUCUUAGUAAUUCUAUAGUAAAUGCAUUUAUAAAAACAUCACCAAAUAUAAUCUAUUUAUUCUUUGGUCGUAAAGCAAUGUUAACAAUGGUAUUAUUUUGGAAACAAAUAUUACCACCUACUAUCUUUACUAAAAUAGUAGACUCUGCAUUAAAAUUUUUAUUUGGAUGGAAUUGUGAAAAUAUUAAUGAAACUCAAAAGGCUAUUGGAUAUUAUCAUUUAUUUAGUUGUAGCAGUGUCAAAAGUAGGUUUCCAACGCAGCAAAUUACUACACCAAUAGCAAUAUUUUAUGGAGGCCGUGAUAGUUUGGCAGAUAUGACUAUGUUGCUAGAACAAAUUCCUAAACCUGUACUUGUUAGAGAAAUCUCAGAAUACGAACAUUUAGACUUUAUAUGGGCAUCGGAUAUAAAUCAUAAAGCAUUUCCAGUAAUAUUUCAUUUAUUACGUAAAUACAACGUUAUUGAUGAUCGUGAUUUUGGAUAUUCUUCUGAUGAACCAUCUGAUAUCGAGCAAAAUUAUAACAUAUUUGAUUAUGAUGAUUUUGAUAACGAUAAUCAGUCCAAGGGUAACACUCACCAACAACCGGAAGAAGUCAUUCAACGUAGUACGAAGGUUGGUGAACACUAUGAUAAUGAAUCAUUAGAUAGAGAAUCACAAUAUGGUCAAGAAGUUACUACUCAAAAUCAAUACCAAGAAAUUAGUGACAGUAAAAGCUACGAUAGCAAUGAAAUUGAACAAGGAAGUUCUGAUGAAUCAGAUCAGCUUACACGUGAAAUAAUUUAUCAAGAUGACUAUUAUGAUGAUGAUACUGAGUAUGCUAAGAUUUAG